GUGUGCGUGAGUGGCAUGUGAUAUUUGUCUAAGUGUGUGUGCGUGUGUGACUUGGGUGCCAAAUAAAUUGUGUAUUAGGCAACGUAAAAUAAAACCUAUUAAACUACGACUGCAACUAAACAAAUAAACAACAAAAAAAAAAAAACAGCAAAACACCAAACGCGAAACGCGAACCAAAUAACAAAAAAAAAAAACAAUUUUGAUGACGCAUGCGGCAGUAGGGCAGAAGGUUAAAAUUACAACGACGGCACAGCGUCGAAAUUCGCCACACGUUUGAACGAUAUUUGGUUACAGUUUCGGGUUCGGAGUCCGAAAACAUUCAAAACCGAUACCAAUACCGAAUCGCAGCACGCAAGUUGUUGGCAAUUUAUAGGCGUGCGAAAGAACUAUAAGCGCCACAGCCACAGCUGCCGCGCCCCCGCCGCCCCUGCUGGCUGCCAGCCACUCCUACGCUCUACUCAAAACUCAACACAUGUCACAACAUUGUUAUGCUUAACUGUAUAUAAAUCAUAAAAUCUAACUAAAUAAAUUGUGAAUUGCUAAAGAAAACUAACAAGGCAUAAAAAUUACACACAAAAAAAAAACUCAUUACUUGAGCCAGAGCGCAUAAAGCAAGAGAGAGAGAGUGAGAGAGAGCGAGAGCAGAGAGCAGAGCGCGCCUGUGUUUUUAACUCCCACAAGUCGGAAACUCACCACACUCGGUGCGCGCGCUCUCCGCGUGAGUUCGCAACGACUGGCAACGCUGACUAAAGACUUUCACUCUCGGCACAAGCAUCGAGCAGGAAGCGCAUAUAUUAACACACAAGCAAACAACACAUAGCAAAACACACAUAACUAAAACUCAACUAAACAACACGGAAUAUCCGCUGCAACAACAAAUAAAUAAAUAACAAAAAACGAAGCAAAAAAAAAAGCAAGUAAAAGGCGAAACUUUUUGCAUGCAAGCGGUAGCAGCGGCAGCAGCAGCUGACUGCCGCAGGAAGCGUGCAAGGCGCAUUUUGACUACAACAACAACAGCAAGAACAACAGCAACUACUACUCUCAGCACGUCGGACAGUCCGUUGGCCGGUGCUUGUCCCAUUGCUGUUCCUGGCUGUCACAACUAUUGAAUAGGGCCACUUCAACACAAACACUGGCACAGGAUACAGGCCGUGCGCACACAGAGACACGCAACGCAAUUUUAAUGUAUCCUUAGAAUUUCAAACAGCGUCAGCCCUCACAGUGUAAUGCGCCUUGGGGGUAGUAGUGGUAUACCAUACGACGGCGACCCCCUGACAAUGAGCGCAGCUGGCAAUGAUUAUGCUGAAUUAUGCGAUCUUGGACCUUCACGUUGGAGUGCACGUUCAUACGGUUACCAUGCAGCAACAACAGCUGGUCUUGGCGGCAUCGGUGCCACACAGUCAUCAUCGAGUGUGCCCACCGGCGGCUCAGCGGGACUUACCGCUCAGCAUUUACGCAGCAGUGCAGCGGCUGCAGCAGCAGCAGCCCAAAACAGUUAUGAGGCCGAAGAUAUUGGUCUCGCCUUUGGCAUGAUCAGUCCCCCACCCACUGGCAGCGGGCACGUACAUUACGGCGGCAGCACCGGCACAGGCGCCGCAAUUGGGCUCGGCUCACGUGUCGGCAACAGCACCAGUUCGCUACGCGGCGUUGGCUCCGCACCGGGCGCCAGCGGACGCUCCGGCCUCUACUACUCCCCGCCCGGCACAUCGUAUACGAUCAUUGAGCGACCGCAUUCACCGCAUUACUAUUACAAUUCGGCGGGCGUGCCCACAAAAGGUGGCUCGCUGCCUGGACGCGGCUCCGCCUAUCUCAGCUCCUCGCCCUCCAGUCACAUGGCCGCAGGCAUGGCGGGCACAUUGCCCACAUCGACGGCAUCCAGUGGCCGGCACGCGUCCUCGGCCAAGGGCAAUGGCAACAAGAAGCGGCCCAUCUCACCGGAGCAGGUGCUGCGCAUGUUUGGCGCCACACAGUCGUCUUCAGUUCCUACGAGUAGCUAUCACUACAGCAAUGGCGGCACACGCGAACGCGACCGCUCCGGACGACGCAGUCCGGCCAGCAGUCCGCCCUCAACGACGCAUCAGAUCUAUAGAGAUCGCGAACGAGAUCGCAGUGUGCCGAAUAUACAUGAACUUACGACGCGCACGGUGUCCAUGUCACGUGAUCAGCAAAUCGAUCACGGAUUUGGCAUUUGCGUGAAAGGAGGCAAAGACUCGGGCUUAGGUGUUUACAUCUCACGCAUCGAAGAGAAUUCGGUGGCGGAACGCGCCGGCCUGCGACCCGGUGAUACAAUCCUAGAGGUGAACGGCACGCCAUUCACUUCAAUCAAUCACGAGGAGGCGCUUAAGAGAUGUGUGCAGAUAUUGAAAUCGUCACGUCAAAUCAGUAUGACGGUGCGCGCACCGCCCACACUGAACUCAACGGCGCCGCUCCAUGGCUUUGGUCCACCCUCCCGCGAUCCCAUGUACGCAUCAAUGCCACCCCUGCUCCCACAAUCUGCGUCGGCGCAACAGCAAGCAGCCGCUGCCGGCGGAGCGGGACUGCCCUUUCGUCAGACAUGCUCCUGGAUGGAUCGACACGGUCGGCCCGCCUCGCCGCCCAUGGAGUAUGGUGGCAGAAGAAACGAUCGCAGAGAUAGAAUACGCCGCGUUGAGCUGUUGAUAGAGCCAGGACAAUCGUUGGGCCUGAUGAUACGCGGCGGCGUGGAGUAUGGUCUCGGCAUCUUUGUCACGGGCGUGGACAAUGAUAGUGUAGCUGAUCGUGCGGGUCUUAUGAUUGGCGACGAAAUACUCGAAGUCAACGGUCAAUCGUUUCUGGACGUAACGCAUGACGAGGCCGUCGGUCAGCUCAAGUAUCACAAGCGCAUGUCGCUGGUAAUACGCGACGUGGGCAAAGUGCCGCACUCCUGCACGUCCAUCGAAAUGGAGCCCUGGGACGCAUACAGUCCAACUGGCACAAGAGCGCGUCGAAAAGGUCAAAUUGCGACCAUGGUGGAAGAGAAGGCGCGUUCGCUAUUGCCACGUCCUCAUUUUGCAAGUCUUUCAUAUUAUAUAGCCGAAUAUAGUGCGAAAGCAAUGACCAUAGAUGCCUUUGUUGCCGUUUUAUUAGAAAUGUUAGAUACGUACGAAAAGCACACGCUAGUGACGGAAAUACGCGAACUUGUCUUUCCCGAGGAUCGUACGCGCUAUGAUGAGCUUGUCUAUCGACGCGAGCGCGAUCCAUAUAGUGUGGAAAGACCUAGGCGUAAGGGAGAUCCCACACGUGAUUUGCCGGUAACAGCUGACGAUAUGGAAGUAAGCGCCGCCACCGGACGCAGUCCUUCGUCGGACUCGGGGCUAGGCAUGACCGUAACGGAUUUGAUUCAUAGACCCGCAAUACAGUUGCCAUAUCGGCCCAUGUCGGCGGGACCAAUAUUGCAUCGCUCACACGCAGCAGCAGCAGCAGCAGCCGCAUCACGCAACCAAAACCAAAACCAAUCAUCACCACCACCUAAAUCAUCACAGCUACAACAACAACAACAGCAUUAUCCACCGAUACAUAGCUCAUUGCGUCAUUUGGGUGGCGUUGGUGGCGCUGUCGGAACUGUGCGUCAUCAUGCUCAUCAUCACCAGCAGUUGGGACCAAAUCAAUUGAAAUUUAAACAAGCUCUAGACAAUCAGCAAAAGGAAUACGGCUGUGAUGAGCAUAGAACUCGACGAGGUAGCGAAACCCUUUUACAGGAUUACGAUCACGAUGCGGAACAGGGCGGCUACUUAGAUGGACUACGUUCACAUUUGGGUGGUUUAACACAACGUGUCAAAUCAUGGUAUUGGGGACGACCUCUUGAGUUGGCCACAAAGCUCUCAAGAAGCUUCGAUAUGAAGGAGGAAGGCGGCACUUUGCUGGGCGAUAAAGGUGUACGAAGGCAUCAGUCCAUGCAACGUCUGUCAGCUGAACAGAACGGUGGUUCAACGACUGAACAAACACAUGAACACAAUCCAAACGUCGUACCUGAUCAUAGAGGCAACUUACACAUUACAGUUAAGAAAACGAAACCAAUUUUAGGUAUUGCUAUCGAAGGUGGUGCUAAUACAAAACAUCCGCUUCCUAGGAUAAUCAAUAUCCAUGAAAAUGGUGCGGCAUUUGAAGCGGGGGGCUUGGAAGUCGGGCAAUUAAUACUGGAAGUAGACGGCACCAAAGUGGAAGGUCUACAUCAUCAGGAGGUUGCUCGAUUGAUAGCCGAGUGCUUCGCUAAUCGUGAAAAGGCUGAAAUAACCUUCUUAGUUGUCGAAGCAAAAAAAUCAAAUUUGGAACCGAAGCCAACAGCGUUAAUAUUUUUAGAAGCCUAACAUUUGCUUGCCCUGCCGGCUAGUGACCCAUUGGAGCGACAAAAAUUGGAGUUCCUCUACGAAUGGGGCAUCGAUUUAACGGAGACGCCAAAACCAAUGCCAACACCGAUACCGCUGACAAAAGCUAAGAAUCCACCACCUCUGCCACAUGAGCUGCAAUACCAAGAGCAACAACAACAGCAACAGCAACAACAACAGCAACAGUAUAGCAACAACAACAGCAAUGCCAAUAGCAAUA